AACAAAGAAAUCCCCCAAAAUAGGUUCUAUUUCUGCUCCUCCUUUUCACGCUUCAUUUUUGUUGCCCCCAAAACAGCAUUCAUUCAUUCUCUUUCACUCGCUCCCAAAAUCCCAAAAACACUCUCCUGAUUUGAUUUGAUAUAUGGGUGAUAAUAAUAACCCAAAGAAACCCAACUCCAGCACCACCACCAAGAAGAAGAAGAAGAAGCAGCGUGGUGGUUCCAAGAAAAAGAUGACCCUUGACCAGACCGUUGCCUAUCGAUGGAUCAGUGAAUGGGUCUUCUUGGACCACUCCUCUGCUGCUUCCUCUGCUGUGGAUGAUGAUUUUGGGGUGUUCCUCAACCACAAGAAGGUUUCGGAGAAGUUGGUGUUUGAAUUUCACUCUCAUUCGAUUUGCAGUGAUGGGUUCUUGUCGCCUUCCAAGCUGGUUGAGAGAGCCCAUCAAAAGGGGGUGAAAGCUCUUGCUCUGACAGAUCAUGACACAAUGUCUGUUCCUGAAGCACUGGAUGCAGCUCGCAGAUUUGGCAUCAGGAUCAUCCCGGGUGUUGAAAUCAGUACACUUUACUCCCCAAGGGGCGAGUCUGGUACAGAGGAGCCAGUUCACAUCCUUGCAUAUUACAGCAGCUGCGGGCCAACAAGAUCCGAGGAACUGGAAUCGUUCUUGGCUAACAUUAGGGAUGGACGUUACCUUCGCGCAAAGAACAUGGUUUCAAAAUUGAACAAACUUAAAUUCCCUCUUAAGUGGGAGCACGUCGCAAAGAUUGCCGGCAAGGGAGUUGCUCCCGGGAGAUUGCAUGUGGCUCGAGCUAUGGUUGAAGCGGGCUAUGUGGAGAAUCUGAAGCAAGCUUUUGCUCGAUAUCUUUAUGAUGGUGGACCGGCUUAUUCCACAGGAAGUGAGCCUCUUGCGGAGGAAGCAGUGCAAUUGAUAUGUGAAACAGGGGGUGUGGCAGUGCUGGCUCAUCCAUGGGCAUUAAAGAAUCCUGUUGCCAUUGUGAGGAGAUUGAAAGAUGCGGGCCUUCAUGGAAUAGAGGUUUAUAGAAGUGAUGGAAAACUGGCAGCAUACAGUGACCUAGCAGAUGCCUAUGAUCUAAUGAAGCUUGGAGGGUCGGAUUUUCACGGGAGAGGUGGGCAGAGUGAGUCCGAUUUGGGAAGUGUGAACCUUCCAGUUUUGGCUGUGCAUGAAUUCCUUAGGACAGCCAGACCGAUCUGGUGCGGUGCCAUUAGAGGCAUUCUAGAAAAUUACACUGAAGAUCCAUCUGAGUUGAAGUUAGAGAGGAUCAUGAAGUUUGGGAAGACUAGAAUCUUCAAGAAUGGUUCACUUACUAAGACCAACAAUGAUUUGAUUGAUCUUUGCUUGUCGUCAUGGUUGACAAACGAAGAAAUGCAGGACUCAGUGUUUGAGACCAUCAAGUCGAAGCUUUCCCAAAUUUCAAUCAACGACGAAGGAAUUCAAGCCCCAACAGCAGUGAAAUAGUCUUUUUUGUACCUUAUUUGCGGCCAAACUGAGGAUGAUCAUAUUCAAUUUCUUCUUCAUUUAUUUUCGGGUCAUUUUUUUUUUUAUUAUUGUUGAGCCCCAGGUUGAUAUUUUUUAUUAUAGGGUUGUUCAUGUCAAUAGUAGCAUGACAUCUUUUCAUUCCACAUCUUCCCCAACAUUUUAAAUUUUUUUUAGUAAAUUUGCGAAUAGCCAUGAAAAUGGGAAAGUAAAUUUAUCA